UAAGAUAAAAAAGAAAAAAGAAAAAAGAACAACAGGCUGCUUCCAAUGGUCUCUUCGACCCCUCGGUCUCUUCCAAUUCCAAUUCCAAUUGCUCCCACCUUUCUAGAACACAAUAAUAAUAACCGCCUUUAACAAGGCUUAUCUCCCUAUUUAUUAGAAGCGCCAUGUCUCUUGAGUGAUCACAGCAAAACUUGCUCUGUUAUCUCCCUGCUUUUAUUUGGGCUUGUCAAACCUUCAGCUAGUGACACUUUCGUGCUUGUUGAUACCCUUUUUCCCCCCUUCUUUUAGUGGUCAUGGAGCUAAUUCCAGGCCUUCCUUAUGAUAUAGCUCGUGAUUGUUUGAUCCGGGUGAAGUACAAGCAAUUGGCAACAGUCGUAUCCAUCUGCAAGUCUUGGAAAAGCGAGACCGAGUCACCGGAGUUUCGCCGGCUAAGAAAAGCCACUUGCACUGGUCAAAAGCUUAUUGUGAUGGCACAGGCGAGAGUUAACCCCAGUCAAGCUUCGAAUAUCAUGAAGAAUGGGGUCAGCCCGGUCUACCGGUUCACUCUUCUUGAACCGGAUACAGGUGACUGGUGUGAAUUACCUCCGAUUCCUGGGUUCUCAGAUGGGUUGCCAUUGUUUUGCCAGGUGGCUAGUGUUGGGUCAGAUCUUGUGGUGCUGGGUGGGUUGGAUCCGGUGACCUGGGAGGUUUCCGUUUCCGUUUUCAUCUUCAAUUUUGUCUCGGCCACUUGGCGGCGCGGAGCUGACAUGCCAGGUGUGCGCAGAUCAUUUUUUGGAUUCGCGUCUGAUUUUGAUCGGAUGGUGUAUGUUGUGGGUGGACAUGAUGGCGACAAGAAUGCAUUGAGAUCCACGAUGGCAUAUGACACAGCAAAAGAUGAGUGGCUCUCACUACCUGACAUGGCGAGAGAGCGUGACGAAUGCAAGGCCAUUUUCCGACAUGGCAAGCUCCAUGUCAUAGGAGGCUACUGCACCGAGAUGCAAGGCCGGUUUGAGAGAACUGCUGAGGUGUUCGAGAUUGCCUCCUGGCAAUGGGAAAAUGUGCUCGAUGACUUGUUGGAAGAUGCCAUGUGUCCGAAGACCUGCGUGUGCGGGAGCGACGGGGAGCUCUACAUGUGUCGUGGCGGUUCUGUGGUGGCACUUAAAGGAUCCACGUGGCAACCCGUUGCCGAUCUUCCUGCCGACGUGUCCAACAUUGCUAAUGUAACGGCCUGGCAGGAUAAAUUGGUGGUGAUUGGUACUGCGGGAUUCCGUGAGCCCUACAUGGCUUACGUGUUCGACUUGAAGAAUUACAAGUGGAAGAAAAUGGAGACACCUCAACAAUACUCUGGCCAUGUUCAAUCAGGAUGUUACUUGGAGAUUUAAUUUUUUAAUUUAAUUUUCUUUUUCUUUUUGGUACAUGUAAAUUCAUCAACAUCUGUGAGUGCAGUCUUACACGUUUUCAGCUCUCAGAACAUUGUUUCAGACACAAACCCUUCUUUUCUGGUUUAGUUAGCUUAGUUAAUUAAUGUGCAUCAAGUGUUGGGAUGGCUAUUA